UUGCAAAGUUUUUUUUCUUUCUUGGCCGAUAUUGGAUUCAAUGUUUUUGUUUUGUGUGUGUGUAUCCAAAUUAUUAUACGUUUCAAUUUAUGUGAUUCUUGUGGUUAAGCAAUAAUUAUUUGCCUAAUUUUUUCUUUGAUGAGAAUCAAGUUUUUUUUAACAUUUAUAACUCGAUUUUUUUUUAACUAAUUCAAUUCAUGUGUGUGUGUGUUAUUCGUGUGAUUGUUGAAAUAGAUUAUUGAGAAAAUUUAUUUAUAUAAAAAAAAGAAUUCAACGUAAAUUUAAAAUUUCGAAACAAACGACAAUGUCUGACCUCGAAAUUAAUAUAUUGGAAAAUAAAACCUUAUAUAAUCAUCAGUAUUUGACGGCAAUAUUUCAGAUUUAUCCACAACAACAAAAUAAUGGUAUCAAUCUUAACGAUGGUGAACGACAAAAAUCCGAUAACGAAAAUGAUGUACCGAUAAUAUGUUCAGUUUUUCAUGAUGCAAGUGAUGAUUAUUUAUCAUUUGAAAAUUAUUCUCUUUAUGUAUUCGAAAGUUUGAUUGAAAAAAAUUUCAAUGAAAACAAAUAUUAUAUUGACAAACGAUUCUUUUCGGAUCAACGAUCAAGUCUGUUUCGUUCGAAUCGAUUUGCAUUUCGAAUAUUCGAUGAUUAUACCAAUAGUAUGGCCUAUUUGUUUGAUUGUUAUUGUCGUUAUGAGAUUGUCAAAGAUUUUGCCAAUCUUAUACCAUUGUCCGAACAAAAAACUUUGAAACGUUAUAUUAUUGAUCAGGCUGCUUUGUUAUUAGUCAUGCCCGAUUUGAAUAAAGUAGCUUCGACAAAUGGUAGUAACGAUGAUCAAACCAUGAAACCGUUCAACGAUUUAUUAGAAAUCACUCAACUUACCACUCCAUGGCUUUCCGAUCAUAUGAAUUAUUUUAAAAAGUUUUUUGUCGAUAUUACCGAUACUAUACAUGCUGCAAAAAUGGGCAUACAAAAUUCUGAAUAUAAUUCUUCAUUGUCAGAUUUAUCGCCUGGUGAAUUGAACCUAAAUUUAAUAAUCAAGCCUUUAUAUGAAAGAUUUUGUGAAAAUUUCAAAAAGUCUCAUCUUUUAACUCCGAUAUUUAUUGAUGAUAUUACUUCGUUGAACAUAUUGGUCGCAUCUCCAACAUUAGCCGAAAUAUUCAUCGAUUUGAAUAGUCCGUCAUCAUUACUUGAAUCCGGUGUGACCUCUUCCAGUAAUGCAUCAUCUUCGCAAAACAACCGAGGACCAUCAUUCAAUAAUAAUGAAGAUGCUUUUCGCAAUCCUAUGCGUGAUGUAUUUCUCAAUUCAAUUAUGAACGUUCAAUCAAACAAUUCGGUCGAUACAAGUCAGGAGAAAAUCUUUCAAGAAUGUUUGUUGGGCAUUUUGUUAUCCAAUUCUCCAUUACCAUCAUUAUUUUCAUCGAAAAAAAACAAUACUAACUUGUUAAAUUUGAUACUAAACAAUCCAGAUUUUGAAUAUCAAUUUUUCAAUUCUCCAACCACACAUACACCAUCUGAAAUGGAACGAAUUGAAUUACAGAUCGAUGAUUAUCUACAAAAAUUACGCACUAAACUAACCGAUCUAUUCUAUUCUUUACUAAGAUCGCCACCACAAGUUCGAACGAAAACAUUGAAAUGGAUUGAAUGUUGUUUGGCUACAUUCAAUACUCGUUCCAAAUUAUGGAUGAAUGAAUUGUUCACGCUAGUCAGUGGUAAUACAUCGCAAAUAUCUGAUGGGUUUCUUCUUAAUUUUUCGGCAGUAUUGUUGAAUCUAUGUAAACCGUUUUGUACAUGGAGUGAAAACAAUUGCAAAUUAAUCGAAAUCUAUCCCGCAUAUUCAAUCAAUGAAAAAAUGUUAAAAGUUGAUCCUCUUUAUAUUCGUUAUUGUCGACAAGAAGGAACAACAACAGUGACCAACAGGCCGAAUGAUUAUGGACCAUAUCUAAAUAUUUUGAAACAAGAAUCUUCUUUAAUCAGCGGUGAUAAUUUCGCAUCUAGAGUGGCUAGAGACAAUUCGAAUAAUCGUACAACAGAUCAAUCAUCUUCAACAACUAAUAUUUCACAAUCUAAUGUGGAUGAAAAACCAAACAUUAGUGGUGAUGAUUAUCAGCCAAAUUUUAUAAGUCGGUUAUUUUUCAUGACUCAUAAAUCAUUGCAUAUCGGUUUUCGUGUUAUCCAUGAACGAUUCACUGCGAUCAACCAGGAAAAUGGGCAGUUGCAACGUCGUCUGGAUCAGCUUGGAAUGGGAAUGGGAUUUAAUUCUAUGACUCGAAACAACCUAAAUCCACAACAACAAGAAACAUUGACUAAAUUCGAUCGUAACAUGACUGUGACAUUAUCGAUGAAAUCUGCAUUGACCGAAACGAAUUACUUGAAUUUAUUGCUCGAAUUUUAUCUGGCUACUGCUUCGUGGAUCAAUAAUCUAGCUGUUUGUCCGUUGGAUAAAGAAGGUCCCGAUUCAUUCAUUCGACUAGAUGCGCAAAUCAAUGGAAAAAAUUAUUUCCAAUCUAAACCUUCGCCGUGCCUUCAAUGGGUUCCGGAAUUCAUAAUUGAAAAUAUCAUUGAUUUUAUGUUAUUUUUGCGUUAUUUUGAAAUCAAACCAAAAGUAUUUAGUUUAAAAUCCGGUCUUGAACCAUUUAUGGUGAUGAGUAUUUUGUUUAUGGGAUCACCUCAACGAAUGCGUAAUCCUCAUUUGCGUGCCAAAAUGGCCGAAAUGCUCGAAGCUUUAUUGCCCACUGUACAAGCAAAUUUUGCACCUUUUCAUCUGGAACAAUUAUUCCUUAAACCAUAUUUCAUUGAAGAAUUAUUUCCGGCAUUGCUCAGUGGAUUUGUGAGUAUUGAAAUAUCCGAUGAGGCUAAUAAUGCCGAUGUGGUUGCAUUCGAACAAAAAUUCAAUUAUCGUCGACCAAUGUAUGUUGUAUUCAAGUAUUUAUGUACGAUUGAACAACAUCAAAUGAAAUUGAUUGAUCUGGCCGCGUUUGCCGAAGCCAAUGUUGAUUGUGUACAAUUGCCAAUAUUUCUGCGUUUCAUUAAUCUGUUGAUUAACGAUGCAAUCUUCUUGCUUGAUGAAGGAUUAUCUCUUAUGUCUAAACUUCGUGAAAUUCAACAGGAACGUGAAUCAGAUGCUUGGUCACGUUUACCGCAAGUUACACGGCAACAUAAUGAAGCUAAUUUUGUACAUUUAGGCCGUCUGGCCAAAUUUCAUAACUUUAUCGGUCGUGAUACAAUAGCAACAUUGGCCACCAUAACUUCUCAUGUGAAAUCUUUUUUCUCACAUCGAAUUCUUGUUGAUCGAAUGGCUGCCAUGUUGAACUAUUUUCUACAUAAUCUGGUGGGUCCGAAUAAACGUAAUUUUAAAGUAAAACAAAUGAACGAUUAUGAAUUCAAUCCUGGUGAAUUGGUCAAAAAUAUCAGCAGAAUUUAUGUCAAUCUGGCCUGUAAUAAUCCGAUAUCAAUAGAUAUGAAUAAUACGAUAGGUGGUGGUAUUAGAAGCAAUCAAGUCAAUCCUAGAUAUGAAGAAUUCUGUUUAGCCAUUGGUCGUGAUGAUCGGUCCUAUUCGCCUGAUCUUCUUAUUCAAGCAGAAGAAAUUCUCACCAAUAAAUUGGGCCAACCGAUGCUCGGUCAAGAUAUGCUUGUUGUGGAUAAAUCUGUUAAAGAAUUGAUUCUUCGUCAUAGACAUAGUGAAAUUCCUAUGGAUGAUAUACCCGAAGAAUUUUUGGAUCCAUUGAUGAGUACGUUGAUGAGCGAUCCGGUUAUUUUGCCCAAUUCCCACAAGAUUUUGGAUCGAGCUACAAUAACUCGUCACUUACUGAGUGAUCAUACCGAUCCAUAUACCCGUACUCCUCUUACAAUGGACAUGUUAAUUCCCGAUGUUGAACUUAAGAAAAGGAUCGAAACGUUUAUAGCAAACAAAUCAAAAGAGAUGAAUAAAGAAUAGCAGCAUCAUUUUUUUCCAAUUUAGUUCUUUGAUCAAGUCGGAUUCAAUCAUUAAUUUACUGAUUAUAAUAACUGUAAAUAACAAUUGAAGUAAGCCGUUUUGCUUUGUGUUUAA